AUGCGCACCCACCGCGACGCCGAUUAUGUCUCCUACCACGCCAGCGAGGCAGUCGGCAUCCACGCGCGAGCUCCACCAGACCAUGACGACGAGCAUUGCGGCAACCUCGUCACAGUGGCACAGGAUAUCGCGGACAGAUGCUCAGUGUUCGAGAAGGACCCCGAUGAUGAUGUCGGCACCCACCAAGACCGCGACUGUUGCGCCGCCGCCGUGCCUGAGCAAGGCUACUAG